AUGUCUAACGAGGCUGCGCUUGCUGAGUUCAUUCAGCUACCGGUCUCUCGGGAGAUGGUCGCCUACCUAGCUGUUAAGGCCGGUGAAGUUAUCCGUUGUGAUCAUACUCCAACAGAUUUACCCACCCCCCCAUCAACCCCCCCGAAAGAUAGCUCUGCGAGUCUCUUCGAACCUUCACUCCCUGACCUCGAAACCUUCAUCGCGUCUAUCGUUCAACGUUCCCAUGUACAAGUUUCUACUUUGAUGACAACACUGGUUUAUCUCGCACGACUGAGACGAAGGCUGCCUCCUAUCGCAAAGGGCAUGCGCUGCACUGUGCAUCGCAUUUUUCUCGCAUCUCUCAUCCUCUCUGCUAAAAACCUAAACGAUUCUUCCCCGAAGAAUAAACACUGGGCUAGAUAUACGACUGUUCGGGGCUACGAGGGCUUUGGGUUUUCUCUCACAGAAGUUAACCUAAUGGAAAAACAGUUGCUCUUCCUGCUGGACUGGGACCUUAAUAUAUCGGCUGGUGACCUUUACGAGCACUUGGAACCAUUCCUUGCACCCAUUCGACAGCAACUCCAUAUUGAAGAAAAAGAACGGGAAUCCGCACAUGCCUUCGAAUGCCCUGCCCCCCGCAGCUACCCUGAUCCAGUUGUAUCGGAGAAUGAAGACGCCGAAACGUAUUACAACACCAUGCAACGGAGCAAGAAGCAGGCAUCCGUAUCAGGACCGAAAGCUCGUUCUCAGGCGCUUCCCAUAUCCAAAGCUGGCCGUGCUAAUGCUGAAUAUGCACAAUCACGAUCACGAUCAGAAUCACGUCCACGAUCACGGUCACGGUCACGGUCUAGCUACCGGAAACAGUCGCUUCCAGUUGAUCAUAUCAUGCUACAAACCCCACCAUCCACCCAAAUACCCGAGCUAUCCAGAAGUGGAACUGCAUCUUCUAUUCACUCCAACGAAAGCUCCCCACGAUUACCAUCGCCUUCUGUUGUAGCCCAAGUCCACUUCCUUAGGGACCACUCGUGCGAUAGCCCGAAAACUUCGAAUUUGCCGCAAAAGCUCAGCAAAAGGGCCCGUCUUGGUUUGUUUUCCCGUUUCCUCGGAAGCGAACGGCACCCCUCUGAUAAGAUCCAAAUCGUUCGAUCCUAA